CGUUGAACUCAUGAGAAAACAAAUCUCCAGCUGACCUGACAAGCAAAAAUGUUUCCCAUUUCAUUAAAAACGUUAAGUGAUCGUGAACGACACGAUUACAUCUUGCAAACUUUUGUUUUGAAUAAUAGAAGUUCGUGCAAUCAUAGAAAUCAUAAACGAGACAUUGAUGUCAUAAGAGAACAUCACAGGUUUUUAUGGGAUGAUGAAUCUAAAGAGGAUUCGUGGGAAACAAGACUCGCUAGAAGAUAUUACGACAAGUUAUUCAAAGAAUAUUGCAUAGCAGAUCUCACGAGAUACAGGGAAAAUAAGAUUGCUUUACGAUGGCGUACAGAAUCAGAAGUCGUAGCUGGCAUUGGCCAAUUCCAAUGUGGAAGUAGAAAAUGUUUGAGAAGGGAUGGUCUUCGGAGCUGGGAGGUUAAUUUUGCAUAUAGAGAGCAAGGUGUCCAUAAAAAUGCUUUAAUAAAACUUAGACUUUGCCCGGAACAUUCGAUGCACUUGAACUAUACAUCGAAAAAACGAGAAGUGAAACGAUUGAAAAAUACGGAACGUCAAGCAGCAAAAGAGGAGAAGCGUGCCACUAAAAAAUCACUCAGUGAGGAAAAAACCAUUGAUAAUGAGGAGCACUACGACAGUUCUAACGUGACUCAUGGAUAUAUUGAAAACUGUAUCGGAAAAGAUUGCCUCGAAAAUAACGCGGCAGUUGUAGAGAAAGAUGUCUUGGAAUCAGCAGAUAUAUGGAACAGAAACGCAGAUAAUGAAGUCGAACCAGUCUCCAGAGAAAAUGAAUUUGAACGCUAUCUUGAAGAUUUGUUGUUAUAAAAGCAAGAAGUAAAGUUCAGAAUUUUGUAGGCAAUGUAGUUAUUUACAAAUAUGUUGGAAUUUAAUGUACAAAAAAUCAUUAUUAUAAUUCCAUUCGUCAUGUUUGUUUCUUUUUUUUGUGGUGAUAUAUCAAUAAUUAUUUUUCUAUAUGAAAAUUCAGAAAAUUCUUUACUACACUAAUGCUGUAAAUUAAUAAAAAUAAAGGUGCAAGUUGAGUCCAGGGGCUAUGAUCCUGAAGGUGA